AUGUCGAAUCGCCAGAUAAUUCAGACGUUUGAAGAGUACCAAAAGGCUAGGGUUAAGUUUGUCCAGACGGUAGCCGAUCUUGCCUCAAAGCCACAGCACAUUGAAGCCUUGCAACAGGCCGGUGUGAUGCACUUAUUACGACCACUCUUGCUGGAUAGUGUGCCGUCCAUCCAACAGUCCGCAGCGCUCGCACUUGGACGGCUGGCGAAUUACAGUGAGGAACUUGCGGCAAAUGUGGUCUCUGGUGACAUUUUGGCGCAGCUGGUGUAUUCCCUUGGGAAUCAGAAUCGUUUUUACAAAAAGUCCGCCGCCUUCGUGUUGCGCAGUGUCGCACGACAUUCACCACAAAUGGCUCAAGCAGUUGUGGAAAGCCAGGCCGUAGAAGCCCUUAUAGGCUGUCUUGAUGAGUUUGACCCGACCGUCAAGGAGAGCGCAGCGUGGGCGCUUGGCUACGUCGCACGCCACGACACGGACCUCGCACAGGAAGUGGUAGACAGGGGGGCAGUGCCACCGCUGGUAUUAUGUAUACAAGAGCCAGAGCUCUCGCUAAAACGGAUUGCGGCCUCCACCCUUUCCGACAUCGCGAAGCAUUCGCCAGAGCUGGCGCAAGCGCUUGUUGAUCAGGAUGCGGUCACCCAUCUCGCCCCCCUCAUCAGCAGCAGCGACGCGAAACUCAAGAGACAAGUCUGUCAAUGCCUAGCGCAUAUCGCGAAGCACAGUGUCGAACUGGCCGAGCUGGUCGUCGAGGGAGAGAUCUUUCCGAAAAUUUUCAUACUGCUCAAAGAUACGGACGAUGGUGUACGCAAAAAUGCCGCCACAUGCAUUCGCGAAAUUUCCAAGCAUACACCAGAGUUGGCGCAGCUGGUUGUGAAUGCGGGUGGCGUCGGCGCGUUGGUUGAUUACACGGCCGAAACUAAGUCCAGUACGCGUCUUCCAGGUAUUAUCACCCUUGGCUAUAUUUCUGCUUUCUCUGAGACACUGGCGCUGGCUGUGAUCGUCUCGCACGGUGUUUUGCCAUUAGCCGAUGCGCUUGAGAAAGAAAUGGAGGACCACAUCAAAGCUGCGGCCGCAUGGUCACUCGGGCAGGUGGGUCGGCACAGCGCCGAGCACGCAAAGGCGGUUGCUGAUUGCAGUGUGCUACCGAAGCUUAUGGACAUCUAUCUGAACCCUAACAGUUCUGAUGAUUUGCGCAUGAAGAGUAAGCGGGCGCUUAAAAAUAUCAUACAACACUGUGUCUACUUACCUUUGUUGGAGCCUCUGCUGCAUCCGGAUGCGCCGGCUAACAUUCUUACCUACGUCUGCGGGCAAUAUGCGAAGGUACUGCCAACAGAUAUUGCGGCUAAACGCGAGUUCGUGGCUAAUCGUGGUCUUGCAAUAGUACAGCGUGUUAAAUCAGAUCCAGGUAGCCAACUGUCAGAGUUCAUUCAGGUUAUCAAUGCAUGCUACCCGCCUGAGAUUGUGCAGUACUAUUCACCGGAAUACGCGCAAACAUUCGUAGAGAAGAUCGAAAACUAUCACCUGCAACAGGUUUAA